AUGUUUUUAUUAGGGUUAUUCAUAGGUUACUUUAACAUCAUAGAUGCUUAAUGGAGAAUAAGAUAUUAAUAUUUGUUUUCGAAUGUUAAUUUUCAAGAAAGUUAUAGAACAGAUUAAAUGAAUUACUCUUUCGUUCAUUUUACUUCAUCAUUUAUGAUUCCAACAUAAUUUGAUAGGACAGCUAAUUUUAUUAGUUGCACAAAUCCAGAAACAAGCUAUAUAACAUUGAAUUCUUAAUAUCCAUAAGUUUAAUAGUAUUAUUGUGAAAUUAGAUAAUAUUCUUAUAGCUCAUCUUAUUAUUAUGAUCACUAUUAAAGCUCUUUUUAUAAGGGGUUUUUAUCAUUCGAUUUAUAUUUUUAAGGUACUUGGACUAAUGGAAAGGUGACAUUUUCAAUCGAUUCAUUUACAGGAGAGUAUCUAUAUAAUUCACCCUCUACAUAUGCACUUAAUAGUUAAUUUUGUGAUGAAAUUGCUUAUGAUAUCAGGACAGUUAAUUUUACAAUACCUUAUAAUGUAAAUGGUGAUUUUUUAUUUGGAAUCGAAAAUACAAAUGAAAAUGGCUAGGUUUCAAUUAGGAACAUAUAUUAAAUGUAUUACGAAAUCAUUUGUUAUCCUUCAUGCAAGUCAUGUACAGGACCUAAAUAAAAUGAAUGUACUGCAUGUUACUUUGGAACACCAACGAACAAUGUUUGUCCGCCAUGUCCAUCAGAUUAAUACUAUGUUAAAAAUGUUGGGUGUAGAUUGAAAUGCGAUUCUAUUUAACCAUUAUGUUUUAAUGGAUUUUGCAAUGCUUGUCCAAGUAUAUUUAAGUUAUUUUGUUUAGGUAAUUUUGGAAUAGGAUAAGUUAGAGUCAAUGAAAAAAUAUCUAAUGAUCCUAAUAGUUAUAAAGAUUUUUUAUAAUGGUCUAAAAUCUAUGACCCAAAAUUCAUUGACAAUUCUGUAGAUGUGUUUCAUUAUUAUACAGAAAAUGGUUAUAAAAUCUUCAUAUAUGGAAUAUUUAAGCAAAGCUCAGGAAUUAUGAGAUAAGUUUCAAUAUCAAAUUAAUGGGGAUAUUAUAUGAAAGUAAAAAUUACGAUAAUCAUUUUCAAUGGGUUUCCAAUGGAUUGUGGAAUUUAAUUCAAAUUUAACAAUACUCUUGUUGGUUCCAUAUAUAAGAAUAGUUCUGGAAUUUAAUUGCACAAAUUUAAGGAAUUUUAAGAGACUUCUCUAGGUCCUUAUGAAUCUUAUUCCAGUUCCUAUAAAUAUAUUAUUGAUGGUGUUUUUGACUUGCCUAAAUAUAAAAUUUUGUUUUCAGCUAUUGGUAAUUAUAGGUAAAUAUUUUAUAUAUGAAUUCUUAGUGACACAUCAUUUGGUUGGGCAUUUUAAUCAAUUUGGUUUAGAACAUAGAGAUGUACAAAUGAUUGUAUUUCUUGCGAUGUAAAUUUCAAAUGCACUUAAUGUUCAUCAUCAACUUUUAGAUAUAGAGAUGGAACAUGUAUUUCGACUUGUAAUCAACCCCAUUAGAAUAUAAUUUCGGGUUAUUGUAAGGAUUUAGAUGAUGAAACUCCAUGUAAUGAAUUAAUUAAAUAUAGAUUCAUCACUAUUGAUAAGAGAAGAUGUGAAUCAAUUUGAAUUAGAUUAUUACCCUGAAUACACUUUAGUUUCUUAAAGAGGUUAAAAUUUUUUAAAAGGACCUGAUAUAUAUUUUUCAUAUUUGAGAGGAUUAAGAAUAUUUGGUGGUUAGUUCAUUUGGGCAUAAGCAAGAUUUAGAAGAGUUCAUCAAAACUUAGGUCCUCAUCAUAGUAUUUCAAUAGGUUUCUAUGUAUUUUUUGGUCCAUUAUUCCCUUCAGAUGGAAAGUUCAUCUAUUAAAUUGAUUAAUAGGAUCCAUUAUACACAUCCACACUGAAUGCAGUUACUUUCUAAAAUGGCACAAAAUAAUAGAUCAUUAGAAAUAAAAUAAAUCAUUCUUUAAAUGAUUUAAUAUUAGAGUUAGAAUGCUUUGGAGAAAACAAUGAGGUACAAUAAGCCUAUUGUGGAUUUUAUAAUUAUUACUUAGCUAUUCAUUAUUGUUAACCUUUUUGUUUAUAAUGUACUGAUGAAAAAACUUGUACUAAUUGGAAUAGUACUUAUAAUCCCUCUUUAAUUUAAUUUUCUUAAGACGAAUGUUAAACAAAUUAGUAUUUUGAUGUCUACUAAUUAUUGUGUGUUAAUUGUGAACCCAGUUGUUCAACUUGUAAAUCUAAAACGGUUUGUUUGACUUGUAUAAAUCCUACUUAUACUUUAACUAAUGUAGGAUGUUUUUGUAAACUAAAUCAAAUUGAAGAAUCCAAUUAAUGUGUUAAUUGUCCAAUUGAAUGUAAUUAAUGUUCAAGUUCAUCUUAUUGUACUGAAUGUUUAUCUAUAAAUAAUCGUAAAUUAUAAAAUGGAUAAUGUAUUUGCAUAGAUGGUUAUUAUUAAAAAGAUUAAGAUAUUAUAUGCUCAUUAUGUGAUAAAUUUUGUGGUACUUGUUUUGGUCCAACUUCUAAUGAUUGCUUAACUUGCAAUAUUGAAGUGUUGAAUAUCUAAUUAAUAGAAUCUACUUGUAAAUGUCCAACCAAUACUUUUUAUUAAAAUUCAUACAAUACAUGUACAUUUUGUCAUUCAACUUGCUUAACUUGUUUUAAUGACAGUAUUGAUGGCUGUUUAACUUGCGAUUCAUAAUAAAAUAGAUAAUUAUAAGGAUUAAAGUGUACAUGCACAACAGGAUUCUACACAUAAAAUAAUAUUUGUAUUUAAUGUCCUAAUAAUAUUGAUGUAUCACUUUUAGAAUGUUAUAAAUAUUGUGAUAAUGGUGAUCUAAUAUGGAAUACGAAUAAUUGUAAUACUUGUGGAUAAGGAUUUAAUUUAAUAUCUAAUGAAUGUGUUCCAAUUUGUGGAGAUCUGUUAGUUGUUGGAUAUGAGUAAUGUGAUGAUGGCAAUAAUAUUUUAGAUGAUAAAUGUUAUAAUUGUUAAUUCUAAUGUCCAAUUAACUGUUUAACUUGUGACAUAAACACUAUACUACCUUGUCCAGAUAUUUGUGGAGAUGGAUUAAUUACAGGUGAUGAAGAGUGUGAGGAUGGAAAUGACAUCUAAUUUGAUGGAUGUUUUGAUUGUAAAUAUUAAUGUUAGACUUAAUGUACUAAAUGUAUUAAGGGUAAAUGUUCUGAAUGUGCUACUUUAGGAUGGUAAAUUGAUGUCUCAUCUGAACCUUGGCUUUGUAAGGAAGUUUGUGGAGAUGGUUUAAGAGUUGGAAUUGAAGAAUGCGAUGAUGCUAAUUUCUAUGACUUUGAUGGGUGUCAUAAUUGCAAAUUUUUAUGUAGAAUUGGAUGCUCUUUUUGUGAUUAUGAACAGAGAAAAUGCUUGAGUUGUGAAUUUGAAGGAUUUUAGCCUUCUGAUUAUUUUUGUGAACCUAUCCUAAAUGAUGGAUUGCUUGUAUGGGAUCCAUAUGGAUUCUUUUAUGAAAGAGCUGAUUAUCCAAAUAGUUGUGAUAAUUGUUAUUCUUAUUGUGGAUCGUGUGGCGGGGUUUAUGGCAAAUUUGAAUGUCAACCAUUAGAAUGUACUAGUUGUGUGAAUAAAAAAUGCUAAGCUUGUAUUUCUGGACAAACUCUUUCAACUAAUAAUAUUUGUUAACCAAUUUGUGGUGAUAAUAUAAAAGCCUAAAAUGAAUACUGCGAAGACUCACAUGUGUUACCAUAUAGAGGAUGCCAAAAUUGUAGACCUAAAUGUUAAGAUUCUUGUUCUAAUUGUGAUACUAGAGGAAGAGGAUGUUUACAAUGCAAUGACGGGUACAAAUUUAUUGACUUUCUAUGUUAUUCUAAAUGUGGCGAAUUUCUAUUUUCAUAUGAUAAGGAGUGCGAUGAUGGUAAUUUAAUUCCUGAUGAUGGUUGCCACUUCUGCUAAUUGAAUUGCCAAAAAUCUUGUCUAUUUUGUAUUAAAGGAGUUUGCCUUGAUUGUGAAGAAGGCUAUGAAUUAAUAUAGUCAAGAUGUCAUCCUAUUAUUAAUUCUUUUGAAUAAUAUAAAUAUUCCAAUGAUUUUGAUUGCUUGUAAUCACAUAAGAAUUGGAUUAUGAAACACAGCAACUUCGGAUAGAAUGAUGUCAAUAAUUAUAUUAAUUUAUAGAAUUCUUCUUGUAAAUUUUGUUUGAUUAAUUGUGAGAUAUGCAAUGAAGAAUCUUGUAUAAGCUGUGUAAAAGGAUAUUAUUUAAAUGAAUAACAAUAAUGCAAAUCGGAAUGUGGUGAUGGUAUUUUAACAUAAGAUGAAUAAUGUGAAUUGAAUGAACAAUAUUGCUUUAAUUGCAAAUAUAUUCAUCCUUAAUAUUGCUAAAAAUCUAUAAAUAAUGUAUGCAUAAAUUGUGAUGAUGGUUAUUAUUUUGAUGAACUUGAAAAGUUAUGUAAAUUAUCAUGUGGAGAUGGUGGAGAUGGCAUAUUAAUUUAUAAUGAAAAAUACUAAAUACAAUCAAAAAUUGAUUGUAAGUUUUAGUGUAGUGAAGAUUGUUUGGAUUGUAAAAAUGGAUUUUGCUUAUAAUGUAAAGAUUCAUUUAAUAUUUGGAAUGGAUAAUGUCACAAAGUUGAGAAAUUAAUUAGAUCACAAUUGGAAUGUAAAGAACAUAUUUAGGGUUUAUGUAUAUAAUGUUAUGAAUAAUAUGUGUUAAAUUUAUAAGGUGAGUGCAUACCAUCUUGUUAAGACAGCUGUGUCAUUUGUAAAUUUGGAUAAUGCUAUGAAUGCAAGGAAUCAUACUAUUUAUAUUAGAAUACUUGUUAUCCAGAAAAUGAAUGCUCUUUGUACUUUAUUUCUGAUUUUUCAUUAUUUGAUAUUACUUGUAGAAAUUUAUAAUCAAUUGAAAUAUAAAGGAACAAUCAACAAUCUUUAGAUUCUGAUGAAAUAUCUAAUCGCUUGUAAUUUCUUUUUGGAUAUGAUUUUGAUUUAAUUGAUUCACAAUUUUUUUAAAUUUGGUUAUCAUUAAAUAAAACAUCAAACGGCUAAUAAAUUUAAAUAGUUGAAGAUGAGAUAAUUUAAAUCAACAUAGAUAAUAAUGAUUCAGAUUCAUAUUUUAAUCUUUAAGAGUUAAAUUGUAAUACUGAUUGUUUACUUUGUUUUGAUACAUAAUGUAUUCAAUGCUAAAUAGGGUAUUUAAUUGUUGACUUUUCUUGUGUUUCAAACUGUGGUGAUUCAUUAAUAGUAGGAAAUGAAUAAUGUGACGAUGGUAAUAUAUAUGAGUAUGAUGGAUGCUACGAAUGUUAAUAUUAAUGUUAGAAGAAUUGUGAAAUUUGCGAGAGAGGAAAUUGUAUUAAAUGCAUUUCUAAUUUUGUAUUUGAUUCUCUCCAAUAAUGUCGUUAAAUGGAAUAAUUAUCAAUUACUCAGAAUUACGAUUGUCGAAUAAUUUAAAAUAAUCAAUGCAUAUUGUGUGAACAUGGAAAUCUUGACUCUAUAACUGGAAUUUGCAUCUUAGAUUACUAUUUAGAAAACUAAUGUAUAGGUCAUUGCAAUAUAUGUUUAAAUUAAAAAUGUCAACAAUGUGAGUAUGGUUAUUACGGAACAUAUUGUCUUGAGGGAGAUGGGUCAAAUCUUCCAAUUGAGCGUUGCACUGAUUUCAACUAAUAAUAAUCAUAAAUUUGCAAAUAAUUUUAAGAAUGUAAUUAAAAUUGCAUUUACUGUGUUAAUAAAAUAUGUUAUCUCUGUAAUGAAGGAACUUAUUUAUUUAAUAAUGAAUGCAUUAUAUCAAAAAUUGAUAAAGUUGCAUAUAAGAGUGACAUUGAACCAAAAUGUGGAGAUGGAAUUGUUUAAAUUUAUGAAGAAUGUGAUGAUAGAAAUACAAAAUAGUUUGAUGGCUGUUUUUAUUGUAAAUUCUCUUGUGAUACAAAUUGUUAUGAUUGUUUUUAAGGUAUCUGCUAGACUUGCUAAGAUGGUUUUAUUUUGAAUUAAAAUCAUUUAUGUGAUCCACUUUGUGGUGAUAAUUUUGUAGUUCCAUUUUCAAUAGAAUAGUGUGAUGAUGGUAAUUUCAAUUCUCUUGAUGGUUGUUAUAAAUGCAAAUAUGAAUGUCUAUCUAAUUGUCUUGAUUGUAAUUAAAUACUAUGUCUUAAAUGUGAAGAAGGCUUUGAAACCAAUAAGUCUUAUUGUGUUCCUAUAUGUGGAGAUGGUAUCAUUAUUUAAGAAUUUGAGGAUUGUGAAGAUUUAAAUGAUGAACCUUAUGAUGGUUGUUAUGAAUGCAAAUUUUAAUGUAGACAAAAUUGUAAAUUAUGUAGUCAAGGGGUUUGCUUAGAUGAAUGUCCUGAAGGAAUGAUUUAUGUUGGUGAUAUUUGUAUGCCGAAAAAAUGUAUUGAUAAUUGCUAAAUUUGUGAGAAAGGAAAUUGUUUUGAAUGCAAUAUAGGAUAUUCUUAUGAUGAGUUAAAAGAUUAAUGUAUUUAAGAUAAAUUAUCAGACUCUUCUUUAAAUGUAUCAAUGAUUGAAAUGGAUGAAAACUAUUACAUAUGUCGUCUUACAGAAUGUGUUUUUUCACCAGCCCCUAUUCUGUAAGUAAUCUUAAUUAACCAGACUUUUUCAAGAUAAUAUGUGCAGAUCUUCUUCGAUUAACAAGUUAAAUUGAAAUUUGAUGAAGAAGAAUUAAAAUUUCAAUUCAAUUUUACUAAUUUAAAGUAAGAAGAUUAUAUUAUUACAUUGCAUUAAAAAUAACCAAUAAAUUAUGAAAUAAAUUUUGCUUCUUACAUAGUUGAAAUUGAAAAUUUAGCUUCAAUAAAUGAAAAACCAUUCUUGCAAAUAUUUUGCUCUUCAGAUGUCAUUAAUUCUAAUAACUAAACCCUUUAAAAUAAAUUUGCCUCUAUCAAAUUAAAUUACCCUUAAAUCUUAUCUAAUGAAUAAAAAUAAACAUCUUAAUUUAUGCAAAAUACUAAUAAAGUAUUCAUGUAUGGAGCUAUCUCAGUUAGUUUGGUUUCAUUAUUUGCAGGAGAUUCUUCAUUCAUUUUAGAAACACUUAAUGUAUUAUAAUAAUAAUCUUUCUUGAAAUUUAUUAAUGUUGAUUACCCUGAAAAUCUUUACAUUUAUUUUGAGGCUUCUGACAUGUUAAGUGUUAGUUCAUAUUUUAGUUAAUUAAAUUUGGAUUACUAUUAUAAUUUCAUAUCACAGAAAACAGAACCUCUUUAAGUGAACGGAAAAUUUGAACUUUAUGAUGUAGAUCCUGAUUUGAUUAUAAGUUUACUUCCUUAGGUUUUUUAAUGUUCAGGUAUUGUACUACUUUUGUUUUUGAGCAGAUUCAUCUAUAGGUUAUUUCAUUUGAUUCUGUCCAAAUAAUAGAUCUAUGACUACUUUAAUUCUAAAUCAUAAUUCUUAAUAAAAUCAUUUUUAACAAUAUUAAAUACUUUGAGAAUUUAGAUGAAGAAUUUGAUAAAUUUAAGAAGAAGUUUAAACUCUAACUAUAUAAAAAUUUUCUUCUCAUUAAAUGCUUGGGAUAUACUUUUCAAAUCGAUAUUAUAAAUUCGCUAUACUUAAUUUAAAGAAGCUAGGGAAUAUAUUCAACUGAUAUGUAGUUUUCUAUUUAUAUAUACUUAUGGUUCUUAUAUGAUUGAAUUUUUAAGGAAAAAGGGGAAGUUAGAGAAUAAUUAUGAUUUUGAAUCAAGAAUAUUUUUAUCCUUGGAUUUGUGUAGAAAAUNGAGGGAGAUGGGUCAAAUCUUCCAAUUGAGCGUUGCACUGAUUUCAACUAAUAAUAAUCAUAAAUUUGCAAAUAAUUUUAAGAAUGUAAUUAAAAUUGCAUUUACUGUGUUAAUAAAAUAUGUUAUCUCUGUAAUGAAGGAACUUAUUUAUUUAAUAAUGAAUGCAUUAUAUCAAAAAUUGAUAAAGUUGCAUAUAAGAGUGACAUUGAACCAAAAUGUGGAGAUGGAAUUGUUUAAAUUUAUGAAGAAUGUGAUGAUAGAAAUACAAAAUAGUUUGAUGGCUGUUUUUAUUGUAAAUUCUCUUGUGAUACAAAUUGUUAUGAUUGUUUUUAAGGUAUCUGCUAGACUUGCUAAGAUGGUUUUAUUUUGAAUUAAAAUCAUUUAUGUGAUCCACUUUGUGGUGAUAAUUUUGUAGUUCCAUUUUCAAUAGAAUAGUGUGAUGAUGGUAAUUUCAAUUCUCUUGAUGGUUGUUAUAAAUGCAAAUAUGAAUGUCUAUCUAAUUGUCUUGAUUGUAAUUAAAUACUAUGUCUUAAAUGUGAAGAAGGCUUUGAAACCAAUAAGUCUUAUUGUGUUCCUAUAUGUGGAGAUGGUAUCAUUAUUUAAGAAUUUGAGGAUUGUGAAGAUUUAAAUGAUGAACCUUAUGAUGGUUGUUAUGAAUGCAAAUUUUAAUGUAGACAAAAUUGUAAAUUAUGUAGUCAAGGGGUUUGCUUAGAUGAAUGUCCUGAAGGAAUGAUUUAUGUUGGUGAUAUUUGUAUGCCGAAAAAAUGUAUUGAUAAUUGCUAAAUUUGUGAGAAAGGAAAUUGUUUUGAAUGCAAUAUAGGAUAUUCUUAUGAUGAGUUAAAAGAUUAAUGUAUUUAAGAUAAAUUAUCAGACUCUUCUUUAAAUGUAUCAAUGAUUGAAAUGGAUGAAAACUAUUACAUAUGUCGUCUUACAGAAUGUGUUUUUUCACCAGCCCCUAUUCUGUAAGUAAUCUUAAUUAACCAGACUUUUUCAAGAUAAUAUGUGCAGAUCUUCUUCGAUUAACAAGUUAAAUUGAAAUUUGAUGAAGAAGAAUUAAAAUUUCAAUUCAAUUUUACUAAUUUAAAGUAAGAAGAUUAUAUUAUUACAUUGCAUUAAAAAUAACCAAUAAAUUAUGAAAUAAAUUUUGCUUCUUACAUAGUUGAAAUUGAAAAUUUAGCUUCAAUAAAUGAAAAACCAUUCUUGCAAAUAUUUUGCUCUUCAGAUGUCAUUAAUUCUAAUAACUAAACCCUUUAAAAUAAAUUUGCCUCUAUCAAAUUAAAUUACCCUUAAAUCUUAUCUAAUGAAUAAAAAUAAACAUCUUAAUUUAUGCAAAAUACUAAUAAAGUAUUCAUGUAUGGAGCUAUCUCAGUUAGUUUGGUUUCAUUAUUUGCAGGAGAUUCUUCAUUCAUUUUAGAAACACUUAAUGUAUUAUAAUAAUAAUCUUUCUUGAAAUUUAUUAAUGUUGAUUACCCUGAAAAUCUUUACAUUUAUUUUGAGGCUUCUGACAUGUUAAGUGUUAGUUCAUAUUUUAGUUAAUUAAAUUUGGAUUACUAUUAUAAUUUCAUAUCACAGAAAACAGAACCUCUUUAAGUGAACGGAAAAUUUGAACUUUAUGAUGUAGAUCCUGAUUUGAUUAUAAGUUUACUUCCUUAGGUUUUUUAAUGUUCAGGUAUUGUACUACUUUUGUUUUUGAGCAGAUUCAUCUAUAGGUUAUUUCAUUUGAUUCUGUCCAAAUAAUAGAUCUAUGA